ACUAUAAAUACUAUUGAUAAUAAUAAUAAAACUAUACUUAAUACAGACUUUUUAAAUAAACUUUUGAAUAAUGAAUCUUACAAACCUAAUAUUGAAUCUGUGAAAACCAAUUUUGAAUAUAAUGAUGAAAGUAAUGCUAAAAGUAGUAGCUGGAAUUCAGAUAAAGAUAUUUUAUUAAUAGAACCUUUACAAUUACAUACUAGGAUAAUAUUUUUUUUAUAG